AUGGAAAAUUUUGCAUAUAUUGACAAAAAUGUCUAUAUAAAUAUUUGUAUGUUAAUUUUAAAAAAACUAAAGGAAUAUUUAUUAGGGGUAGGCAUUUUUAAAUUAAUUUUUUGUUUAUUUAUAAUAUUGUUAAGUAUAAUUUUUGCGAAACGGAGUAAAAAAAAAGAAAAAAAAAUUAAUGUAUAUCUGCAGUUAAAUAGGAAUAAUACUAAAAAUACUAAAUUAGUAAUAAAUGAUGACAAGACAUAUAACGAUGAAGAAAAAACAAAUGAUCAUCAUAAAGAGGAAAAUGAAAUAGAAAAUGAAGGGUAUCACAUAACCCACAGUUCACACAUAUUUGAUCUAAAAGUUAUAAGCACAACCGAAUUGUGUAAUGUGUGCAAUGAUAAUAUAUAUGCAUUUAUUUUUAACAAGAAAAAUAUAUUUGAAUGUGUUAUAUGCAAAAAUAAGUCCCAUAUUGAAUGUGCUCCGAAUUCAAAUUUAAUGAGCUGCAAAAAUUCCAUAUUUUUUAAAAAUAAGCAUAAAUUUAUAAAAAUCAAAAAUAGUUUAUGGAACGGUAAAUGUGACAUUUGUAAUCAAAGUUUUUCUUAUUUCUCAUUUUCUAUAUAUGGAAUAAAAUAUAUAUAUAAAUGUAUAUGGUGCAAUAAAUAUUUUCAUGGAAAAUGUAUAAAUAAAAAUAUAUAUAAAAAAAUAAAUAAUAAUAAUGACAUUAACACAAAAAACGAUGACUUAAUAUGUGCUUAUGGUAAUAAUAAAUAUAUUUUAUACCCCUAUGAAAUAUUUGUUAAAGAAAAGUAUCUACUAUAUUUUUUAAUGCAAUCAUAUCAAAAAAUAAAUAAAGCACAAAUUAAAAAGGAUGAUAUAUUACUAAAUUAUAAUGAAACACAAUCAGAAAACUACAUAUACGAAGAUGAGUUGGUAGUAGAAAAUGAGAUAGACAAACUUUCAAUUCAAAUGUUCGAAAGCGGUAAAAAUAGGGAAUUAAUAUAUUUUAAUUAUCUAAAUAAUGCUAAAAAAUAUCAAAGUUUAAUCAAUUCACAAAUUACAAAAAAUGGUAAUAAUAAUAACAACCCAAUAAUAGACAAACUAAAUCAUGCAAUACAUAUAAAUAUGCUUUUGAAUUUUUUACCUAUACACAUACCCAUAUAUGAAAUAAAUACUACAAAUAAAUUUCUUCUAAUAUUUGUAAAUGUAAGAAGCGGGGGUCAAACAGGAAAAAAUUUAUACAGAGAAUUACUAAUGCAUUUUAAUCCACUGCAAAUAAUAAAUAUAGAAAACGAAUCAAGUGUUAUAAAUACCCUUAAUAUGUAUAAAGAAAUGUUAUAUCAAAAAAAAGUUAUUAUUUUCUUGUGUGGUGGCGAUGGAACUAUAAGUAUUUUUAUCGAUACUUUGAUAAAGUUUUUUUACAGAAAUGCUCCUUUUAAUAUAUAUGAAGAAAAUGAAAAAUUUCCAAAAAAAAAAACACAAAAAAAAAAAAUAUAUCAUAUAACUGAAAAUUCCAAUAAGAUAUCUAAUAAAUCUAUUACAUUUUUUAAUAAAUAUAUUAUGGCAGCUUCAAAAGUUGCUCUAAAAAAAAGUGGUAAUAAUACUUCCAAAAUUAUAUUAAAUAACGAGAGGGAUAAAACAAUAUGUGAUUUUACCAAUAAUUGCUUUGAUACAAAAAAAUCAACAUCACUUUUAGAAAAUGAGAAAAUAUAUUCACUUAUUGAAGGCAAAAAUAAUAUGAACAAUGCAUGUGAUGAUAACAAUAAUAAUAAUAGCAAGAUAGAUAAUAUUCUAUUAAAUAACGGAACAAAUAUUUAUAGUGACCUUUAUAAAAAUUAUGAUGAUAAUAGUUUUAUUAACAGAUGCACAAAAACUGAGAUUAAUUCAAAUGCAAGCUUAAGCAACGAAAGCAUUUCAUAUAUGAGUCCAUUUCCAAAUAGUGAUUCUAUGUGUAAUAGUUUCAGAAAAGGUCUUAAUAAUCAAAAAUAUAUAAAUUUACAUGAAAAUGUUAACAUAUAUAAAGAUAAAAAAGAAAAAGAUGAUAUUUAUAUAGAUCAAACUUUGAACAACUCACAUAUUAAUAAAUCCAUCAUUGAAAAUUACAAUAAUAAUAGUUAUGGUUAUAUUUCAGGAUAUAGUAAUAACUUUAUUGAUAUAAAUAAACCAUGGAAUAAUAAUAAUUCCUAUAUAUAUUCUUGUAGCUUAAAAAAUAACCAAACUGAUAGUAGUAUUAUAUAUCAUGAUUAUAAAGAAAAUGAUAUUAAAAAAUAUUCAAUAAAAUAUGGAAACAGUAGCUCUGGUCAUGUUCAUUCAAAUUAUUAUCGCGAUGAUGAAAGUUCAGAUACAAGUGAAAGUUUGGAUGAAGAAGAAAAGAUACAAAAAAAAAAUAAGGAAACACAAACCAAAACAAAAAAAUGGUUGAAAUAUAUUAGUAAAGAAUCUGAAAAAAUACAUAAUAAAUUUAUAAAACGAAAUAUAAACAAAAUUCAAGAACGAUUUAAUCUAAAUAAAUCACAAGCAAUUGAAAGUGAAAACUCUUUAUAUAAAUUUCAUAAAAAUGGAAAGAAUAAAUAUAAAAUUAUCAAUAAAAAAAAACAUAAACAAACUGAUAGUAUAAACGAUAAUAGUUCAAAAACUUCAAAUAAUAAAUACACAGUAAAAUCAUAUAUUGAAAAUACUCCCAUAGGUAUAAUGCCCUUAGGAACUGGAAAUGAUUUGUGUAUUAGCUUAGGUUGGGGAAACUCAUAUAUUAAUAAUAUAUCUUUAUAUUUAGACAAAAUAAAACAUAGUAAAAAUAAGUUAGUCGAUGUAUGGAGUAUUAAGGCAUAUGAUUUAAGCAAUAACACUGUUCUAAAUAAUACUUUUAUUAACUAUUUUGAUAUUGGACUUAUAUCAAGAUUAGCAUUACAUUUUGAUAAUAUACGAAAACAAUUCCCACAUUUUUUUAACAGUAGAUUAGGUAACAAAAUAUUAUAUGGAGAAAUCGGAUUCAGAGAUUUUUGUUUUAAUACAUAUAAAUAUAAACUUAAUAAACAUAUCAAACUAUAUUGUGAUGGAAAAAGAGUUAAAAUAAAUAAUGACCUAGAAAGUAUAUGCUUUAUAAAUAUACCAUAUAUCUUAGGAGGCCAUAAUAUAUGGAAAGACGAUAAUUUGCAAUAUUGCUAUUAUUCUGAUAUUGAAAAGGGAUAUUAUGAUGAAAAUGAAAAAGAUAAAAUAAAAGACAACAAAAAAUUAGCAAAAAAAGUGACAAAACUAAAAAAAAAAAAUAUGCACAACAAUAAAUCAACGAAUACACAAAUACACACGUAUAAUGGAAAUUAUGAAAACAAAUUAUAUACUCAAUCUUUAAAAAGUAAAAAAAAUGAUUCUUAUAACGAUGAAAAUAUUAACAUCCAAAGAGAAAUAUCUAAAAGCUGUUCAUAUAAAUGUUGUGAUAAAAUGCUGUAUGAUGAAAUGAAAGAAAAUAUAAAACAUAUAGAGGAAGAAAAUAACACAACUGAUUAUAGUAAUAUAUACAAACCACACAAAUUAUAUCUUUAUAAACGCAAACAAAAUUCUCAAAUGUACAAAAAACAACAAAUUGAUGAUAAACUUAUUGAAGUUUUUGGAAUUAAAAAUAUAUUUCAUUUAGUUCAAGUGCAAUUAGGAUUAUCUAGCCCAGUAAAGUUAUGCCAAGGGCAUGAACUUUUUAUUAAAAUAAGUAAAAAAUUUAUUCAAAACAAUAAAAUGUAUUUUCAGUAUGACGGAGAGCCCGUUUUUCUUAAAAUUUGCAAAUUGCAUUUCACACACAAAUGCCAAUGUUUGUUUUUGUCUCCAAACUCACCCAUUCUGUAA